GGCCGCUGGGCCCGCCGCUGGGAGCUGUCCGCGGACAGGCAGUUAGGGCUGUGGGCGGCCGGCAGGCAGUGCGCCGGGCAGCUCUGGGCGGGCGGCCAUGGCGACGGCUUUGGGAGUGCGGGUACCCGUGCGGCGCUUGUUGGCGGCGCUGCGGAGUCGGGGCUCCGGUCUCGCGGCCAUGUCAGCAGAUGCUCACUUGUUGACAGCAGAGGAGAGGAACCAAGCUAUGCUUGACCUUAAAGCAGCAGGAUGGUCGAAAUUAAAAGAGAGAGAUGCCAUCUACAAAGAGUUCUCCUUCAAAAAUUUUAAUCAGGCGUUUGGCUUUAUGUCCCGAGUUGCUCUACAAGCAGAGAAGAUGAAUCACCACCCGGAAUGGUUCAAUGCGUACAACAAGGUCCAGAUAACUCUCACUUCGCAUGACUGUGGUCAGCUGACCAAAAGAGACGUGAAACUGGCCAAGUUUAUUGAAAAAGCAGCUGCUUCUAUGUGAUUUCUUUCAAAAUGCAUGUAAAAUCGUAUACACAUCUCAGGUGCAGUAUAUUUUGAAGGUGAUUAACGUGAACAAAUUAAGUUGUAAAUUUAAGUUCAACUUUAUAUACCACAUUUUUAUAAAAUCAGUGCUAAAUACAAAAUGAUUUACAUUUGAGUCUGAGGUAUUUUUUAUUAUAUCUAAAUCACAUAUAUAAGGCAAACCAACCUAGGUAAUUAUAUUAAUGAUAUGAUAUUCAGAAAGAGAGAGGAAUAGCAUUCUUAAAGACCAGAAAUUGAGGUGGGGGAGCAUUUACCCAUUUUAUAACCCAGAAAUUGAAGCGAUCAUGGGGGCUUUGCAAAUGCAGUGUGUUGGAGAAUAGUCGUGAGAUAGAAAAAUAAUGAAGGACUCUGUAGCUAAAGGGUUUUUAACCAUCUGUAACAAUUCUUAUGAAUGUAGACUUCAGCUGCUGUUAUUAAGUAGUUAAUUAAACUACAGAGUCACAAAAA